AUGACCUUCCCUUCCCCUUCUCACUCCGCCCAAUCCUCGAUUGCUUCUGGCACCGAUAAGCCGUCUACAUCUCGAUCUUCAAGACUUCAGCCGUCAGCUUGGGCCGUUCCCUCGUCCCAAUCGACCGCUCGUCGUCCCUUGACCCUUGCGACAUCCAACCUACCUUUGUCAGCUGGCACCUCCUCGCCGUCUUCUCGUCGACCGGCUGCUGCUGCUGCAGCUGCGGCACCAUCCCACAACAGUCCAGCGCCUCUCUCAGGGCCUGCCACGUCUCCAUUGGCCUCGACCUUCUCCGCAAUCCUGAGCUCGACCUCUCGCCUCCCCGCUGCGCGUGGUAACCCUUCGCCAGCUCCGACUCCUUCCUCCUUCACUUCUUCCUUCCAAUCUGGCGCACAGCAGCCAUCACAACAACCGAUCACAUCUCCAAAAUCAACUACUACCGUGCCUCCUUCGACAGCCUCGCACCUGGCGACCCCAACGGCUUCAGCACCAGGAGGAGGCGGUAGUGGUGGGGGUGGAGGCGGCGGAGGUGGUGGUACUGCCGUGUCAAGGGGCGCCACGUUCUCUCCUCUGUUGACCGGCACAGCUGUCGGCUCGCCAACUGGGUUUCCAUCCGAUAAACCCUCGUCCGCGAACGUAUCGUCGGGCGGCGGCGCCGGCUCGAGCCAAUCGUCUCUUUCCAAAAUUUCAGUUGUCCAGGUCUUCCUCUUGCUUGACUCUAUCAACGAGAAGGAAGGAAAGGAGAAGUGGGAAACCAAAGCCGCACAAAUCCAUAGGCUUGUAAACUCCAACGGUAUGGAAGUGUUUUCAAAGUACUUCCGUCGUCUGCUAUCCGGCAAUGCAGGCCAGAUCUUUUCCGGAGCCAACAAAAAUGUUGACAACGCCGGAAAUUAUCCCUUGCUGGUCCAGGAGAUGCAAAAAGUAGCUCUUGACCCUGACCAGAGCCGAAAGAUAGCAGAGACCAUCGAUACCUCUGAAGGCGAUAUAUUUAGAGACUUCGAUCUGUCAACAUUCCUCGAUCACUUUAAACUCGACCCCAUUCUUAAAACCGCUCUAACCCUCGCCUUCAAAAACGUCACCAAAUCAGAUCUUCGUACCAAAGCCGACGCCAUAUUGUCAGCAUCACUCCCUCAGUUCCUCCAAAGCCUCUCCACCGUUUCCGAAACCAAUAAAGACUCUACGCCAUCCUUUAUUGGUCUUACUAUCGAACGACUUAUUUUUAACCCGCCACGUAAUUUUAACGAGGACAUGAAGAGGAAGCUUGUGUAUGAUGUUCGCAUACGCUAUCAGAACUCCGAUACUGAGAUCCCAAUCGAAGUAGAGUCCGCUCUGCAGAUGUUCUCUCUUGCCGAUCCACGACUGUCGCUUGUUCGCCAGAUUCAGGCUCGUGGUCCGCAAUCACUUGGAGAUCCUGAUUCCAUGCUUGAUACCAUCAAGGCAGCUGGCACGGACGCAUUCAGCGGAGAACAAAUUGGCAAUGCUAUCCUUUACAUUGUCUUGUCUCAAUCCUGGCAGCAAUACCCGCUCGACCUCUUAAUCUCAACUCUUCAGAAGCAGCACUCGUCACACCCAAUAAAUUGGCCGGAGGCUGUACGCCAAUUUGACAAGGACGGCCUUCGCGUUGACGCUUCCCAGUUCACGCGGUUGUUCAAUGCCUUGCUCCCUGUUGCGCAGGAGGACAAGUCCCUCGACCUUCAGAUGCUUUGGGGAGGUGACUGGAACCAUAAAAAUGCGCAGUUCUCUUUCCUGACUGCCUUCCUUACUGCCGGCAUAGACGCAGCCGGCAUCGACACAUCUCAAAUUCCUAACUUCCGCCCCGCCUUUAAUCCUGAAAUCUUCGAUGAUGCCUCUGAAACCGUUAAGCACCAGGCAGAACAAACGAAAAAUAACCCUCUACGUUCUCUUGACGCUACCAAGGCAAUUUUCGAUCUCGUUCUUGUCUCUCCUGCCACCUGGGCUCUUCCAGAGAGUCAAAACUUUGUCAAGACUGUUCUCCAACACGACCUCCCCACCUUCCUUUGCUCCGCGUUUGCCGUCCCCCAACCGUGGACCAAUGUUCAGCACAACUUCCUCGUUCGCUCAUUCAUGAUAUUCAUUUUAAAACGCCAGGAUGGAUAUCAAUUCGCUCUUCACGGAGUGUGGAAACUCGACCAGCAGUGGGUGGGGGAGCAACUCUUCCAUGCCUUUACCCAGGAUCCUUCAUGCACUGACCUCAUUUAUGAGCAUGCGGUUGAGCAUGGAUGGCUGGAUUAUUUGCUGGACUUUACCAAUGGCCUUGCUAUGGACCUUGCAUCGCUUGCCCACCAGAAAGGAUCGUUUGACCUGGAACAUUGGGUCAAAGGCACUGCAGGAAAAACCCCCGUCGAUAUGGGCGGCCUACUCGCCAAGUUCCUCAGGAUAAAAGCUGAAGAUGAAUUGAGGGUACAACGAGGGGAGCAACCGGGUCCGCAGAUGGUAAGCCUAUCAGUUAAGACUGUAUUUGCGCUCCUGAUGAUCCUUGAAGACUACAUCACCGACCACGAGAACCUCACCCCUAUCCAGCGAAUUUGUCUUCAAACUUAUCCAAGACUCAUCAACUAUGGCGAAGGGUUCGACGAUGUCAUCGAAGCUAAUAGUGCCCGAGGUAAUGCCAUUCCUGAAGAAGUUGACAAGCAGAUGCGUGAUCUCUUUGGCAAGAUGUACCACGAAGAGCUCUCACUACGGGAGAUCCUUGAGCUGAUGAGGCGUUACAAAUCCUCACGCGAACCUUCGGAGCAAGAUCUCUUCACCUGCAUGGUGCAUGGCCUCAUCGAUGAAUACCACUGUUACCAUGAGUAUCCACUUGAGGCUCUAACGAAAACCGCAGUCAUGUUUGGAGGCAUCAUCAACUUCAAACUAAUCUCAGGCAUACCAUUAAAGGUUGGUCUUGGGAUGAUCCUGGACGCUGUGCGAGAGCAUGAACCCCAUGAGUCUCUGUAUAAGUUUGGAGUCGAAGCCAUUGAGCAAUUAAUCAGUCGCCUCCCAGAGUGGGUCGGAUUUUGCAGCCUGCUUCUUCAAAUUCCUAGUCUCCAAGGAUCAACUAUCCACCGGAAAGCUGAGGAAGUACUCCGUGAACAGGGUCACCAUCCAAUUAACGGAGUCGAUGCAGCUGAAGUCAAUGGCGUAGCUGAUGGGCUAUCACUUGCUAAUGGUAGUAUCAGUGACCUGGUCAAUGAAGGAGCACCCCGCAAAUUCCAAUCUUUGCAUGUAGACGCUCCACUUCGACCUGAUAUCUAUCAAGAGCCAGACGAAGACACCCAUGACAAAAUCCUCUUUAUCCUCAAUAAUGUCUCUGAACAAAACAUCAAGACGAAACUUCAAGACCUUCGAGAGAGCUUAAAAGAUGAACAUCAUCAAUGGUUUGCGUCGUAUCUUGUUGAAGAGCGAGCGAAAUUACAGCCAAACUUCCAACAGCUGUACCUGGAUCUUUUGGAACUUAUUGAUGAUAAGACGCUAUGGUCAGAAGUCCUUAGAGAAACCUACGUCAGCGCAAUCCGGCUACUCAAUGCGGAAUCCACAAUGAAUUCUACCAUCGACCGUACUCACCUCAAGAAUCUCGGUGGCUGGUUAGGUUCCCUGACGAUUGCUAAAGACAAACCCAUCAAGCACAAAAACAUCUAUUUCAAGGAGCUGCUUAUCGAAGCUUUUGACAGUCAACGACUCACAGUGGCUAUCCCAUUUACUUGCAAAGUUCUGAGCCAGGCAAUCAAGUCGUCGAUCUUCAAGCCACCGAACCCGUGGUUGAUGGAUAUUAUUGCUUUGCUGAUUGAAAUUUACCACUUUGCCGAGUUAAAGAUGAUCCUCAAGUUUGAAAUUGAGGUAUUGUGCGGUGAUUUGGAACUGGAUCAUAAGACAAUCGAACCAUCUACGUGCAUUAGGGAACGCCCUGCACAGUUGCACGAAGGAUUACCUGUUGCUUGUCUCCCCGAAGGAUUGGAACCUUUCGAUGAUAUGUCCCUUGCGGGCAUGAGCCGUGGCAUUCGAACUGAACGAAUUUCGCCCUCUUCCAUCAUUUCAAGCCUUCCCAAGCUUGACCAGAUACUUGUAUUCCCACCUUCUGCUGACCCUAACACCCUCAAGCAAAUUGUCCAUGGGGCCGUCGAACGCGCAAUUGCCGAGAUCAUUGCGCCAGUUGUUGAACGCUCGAUUACUAUUGCGUCGAUUUCGGCAGCUCAGCUAAUCCUAAAAGACUUUGCAAUGGAGCCAGAUGAAGAAAAAGUUCGUCAAGCAGCUGGAACCAUGGUUCGUGCUCUUGCAGGCAGUCUAGCACUUGUUACCUGCAAGGAGCCACUGAAAAUGAGUAUGACAAACUAUAUUCGUAUGAUUCAACAAGAGUACUCGGAUCAACCGAUGCCGGAAGGUCUCAUCCUCAUGUGCGUAAACGACAACUUGGAUGCUGCUUGCGGUAUCGUUGAAAAGGCAGCUGAGGAGAAAUCGCUCCCGGAAAUCGAAAAGGUGAUCGAGUCACAGCUCGAAGCUCGUCGACGUCACCGUAUCGCGCGACCCAAUGAGGCAUUCAUUGAUCCUUCCAUGAGUCGAUGGGCUUUGUUUAUUCUGGAACCAUACAGACAAGUCCCUGGUGGACUAAACAAAGAGCAGCUCGCCAUAUACGAAGAGUUUGCUCGCCAAUCGCGUGGAACUGGCCAGUCACACCUCCAGCACGCAUCAACUGACUCGGGUAAACAGCAGAUCCCUGAUGUCCUACAGGAAGCUUUCCCAGCCAUGCCCAAUUUGUCCACCCCUGCCGAACAGUCUGCGAUCCCACACCCCGCCAGCAGAGGCCCACAAGACACUGAUGUCCAGCAACAGGCGCUCUCCGGUGCGCAGCCGCAGAUCAACGGCUUUUUAGAGGCAUCUACUCCACGCGAGAAAAUUGAAAGCCUUGUCACAGAACUUCAGCAGACUUCCCGGACCGAGAAUGAAGAACACAUCAAAGUUCUUGGACGUGAGAGUCCAAUCCUCCACUCUUACAACCAAAUUCUUCGAACUAUUUUGUCGUCUCCAAAUGGUGAAGAGUUGGCGAGAUUGACUGCUAUCAAAAUCUGCAACUCCCUUUACACGCAGACUGAGAAGACUCUAGAGGUUGAAGUUCUCGUUCAUCUGUUGGCAAAGAUCUGUGAACUCUCGUCACUCGUUGCAAGAUAUGUUUGGGCCGUUCUCGCUGAGGUUGAUGAUGGACAAAUGUUCAAUGUUCCAGUUACUGUCGCCCUCAUUGAUGCAGGUCUGAUGGAUCUUCAUCGAAUUGACAUGAUGCUUGCCAAGCUGAUAAAAGAGAAGAACCCCUCUGCCUUAGAGCUUCUCUCUGCACUGAUGGGCCGUGUCUUACUGAACGACGAGCCAUCAGCUCUACGAUCUGACUUCUCAGGCAGCUUGGACGCAAUGAACCAAUGGGUUGUUGAAGAACCUGACCUUUCUCCUGCUCGCGACAUCAUCCAAACCCUUCGGGAGUCGGGCAUCCCGGAAGCAGCAAACCCUCUCUUGACUGAUCUAGCACGAUCGAAGAGGGACCAAAUGGAGUAUAUCUUCAGUGAGUGGAUCGGCGUAUACAAAUUCCCCGGAUCCAAUGACAGGAUGUAUAGCGCCUUUUUGAAAGAUAUGCACCACAGACAAGUGAUGAAUACACAAGAAGACUCGGCCCUGUUCUUCAGACUCAGCAUUGAUAUAUCCGUUGCCAUGUUCGAACAUGAAUAUCAGAAUGUCAGCGGAAAUCUAGACGAAGCCUUCUUAUAUAUAGAUGCUCUCGCCAAACUGGUUGUAUUGCUGGUGAAAUUCCAAGGCGAAACUGACGGUGCCGUCAAAGCUAGCAAGCCAGCGUACUUGAACUCCAUCCUCUCGCUUUUGGUCCUGGUUCUCAACCACCACCAAGUUAUGCGAGGCGAUAGCUUCAACCAGCGAGUCUUCUUCAGGCUCUUCUCAAGCAUUCUCUGCGAGUAUGGCGCUAGUGGCCUCCCACAGACAGACCAACACAAGGGCAUGAUGCUAGCUUUUGCCGAUAAGUUUUUGUCUCUCCAACCUAAGCAUGUACCAGGCUUCAUUUACGGAUGGUUGUCAUUGAUUUCCCACCGUGUGUUCAUGGCCGAGAUGCUUACCAUGGAUGAUCAGAUGGGAUGGGAGCCGUUCUGUGAGAUAAUGCAAGUGCUGCUAUCAUAUAUCGGCGAACAGCUCAAAUCGGCAACGGUGACUUUUGUGGCUAAGGACAUCUACAAAGGAGUGCUUCGAAUUCUCUUGAUCUUACACCACGACUUCCCCGAAUUCGUUGCUGAGAACCAUUUCCAGUUCUGCACUGUCAUACCAACUCACUGCAGUCAGCUUCGAAAUCUCGUGUUGAGCGCCUAUCCAUCGUCGUUCCAGAAGCUCCCUGACCCAUUCCGCGACGGCCUGAAGGUAGACCGAUUGGAGGAAAUGGGCAAGGCUCCGAAGAUCACCGCAGACAUUGUCACCCCACUUCAAGAUGCCAUGAUUAAGGCACCCGUGGAUAAUGCUCUGCGAAGUUUCACUGCUGCGGAUGCUUCUGUUCAGCAGAUUUCCGAGACGAUUUAUAAUUCGUCAACGAAGGAGACCGGGCUAUUUUUCAACCCUAUCGGCGUUGAUACAGUCCUCCUAGAGGCACUUGUUUUGUACAUUGGCCAGAGUGCAGUCUCUUCCAGUAACCAAAAGAGCGGUGCCGCCACCUUCAACAUUUCUCCUGCUCUUGGAUUCUUAGAAAAAUUGGUCAACACACUACGCCCAGAGGCCCGCUACUAUCUGCUCAGUGCUAUUGUCAAUCAACUAAGAUACCCCAACAGCCACACACACUUCUUCAGUUUCGCCAUCCUCCACAUAUUUGGCUCGGAGACCGCAGCCCAGCACGAGACGCACAUCCGUGAGCAGAUCAUUCGGGUACUACUUGAGCGGUUGAUUGUCCACCGGCCUCACCCAUGGGGCCUAAUCAUCACUCUCCAAGAAUUGUUGCAAAACGGCAACUAUUCAUUCUUCCGCCUACCUUUCAUCCAAGCGGCGCCCGAGGUAAGGAGUUCCAUCAAACAUAUUCAUACCGACACAUAA